UUCACCACUAGAUGGCUCGCACUUGUCAGUUGCUACACAUAAAAACCAGAAAAUAAUUUUAAGAACAAUGGUUUUAGCAAUUACUGACACCUCUGGUAAGUAUGUGAUGCUUAAUAUCACACUGAGUAAAGUUUAUUUAAUAAAGUGGGUAAAAGAAUCCAAUGAUAUGAUUUGUUUUUAACCAAAUCUCUAAUUACACAAUUAGUGGCACCACUACCAAUCCCUUAUUGUAACUGAAGCAGGUUCAGGAUUUAUACUUUACUUUUUUAAACUCAUCAGGGUGUUUUUUAAUUUCUCUUCAUUGGUCUUCAAAAUGGGAAAGACAGAGGAACAUGCCAUUGAAGUCAGGCAAACGUGUGUAGAUUGUUGUCAGUCCAGAAAUUACACCAAAACAACUUAGUGUACAGUCAAAUCAAUAAUAAAACAUUUCCACCAUGCACACCGAGGAGGACGGUACUAGAGGUAACACAGAACCAAGGCAAACUUUUUGGUAUGGGAUUAUUCUACUGCAACAAAGGAUUAACUUAAUUUAGGGUUGCCACACAUCUUUACCAAGGGUACCAGAAACUGUGGAGGGUGUUAUGGCAUGUCCACAUGGUGCAGUGAGCUUUUAAAAAAAAGUUAAUAAGAAGAUGAAAUAAAAAGAAAAAGGUAACACUUGCAUCAUUCAUUAGCUGCUCAGUAUGUUCUUCUACUUAGACAUGAAGGAAUGCACAUGAUUUGUUUUCUCAUAAACAGGAGGCUCCAAAUGAGUAAAUACUACUUAUCCUUUACCCAGAAAGUUGAUAAAAACCAGAAGUCAUAAAAAGGAAUUUAUAUAAACGUUUUAAAUAAAGAAAACUGUAUUUCAAUUUUGUGAUAUUUUUAAAGCAUCCUUGCUAAGUAGCUCCAAAAUGUCUUUACUGCUAAUUAAAUUAAUAUAAAUGCAUUAACAAAUCAAGUUUUUGAUAGAGAAUGUUUGCUUUUGAGAAAGAAACCCAAAACAACAACAAAUCUAAUCUACCAAUUAUACAUAGUAAGCCUGAAUUAACCCUGAACAGCGACAUAUUUGUAGUCUCUUUGACCAUCUUCCAGAAUGCAUCUUCAAAACCAAACACAUAAAGAAGAUAGAGUAUAUAUUGUAAAUAAUAAAUAAAACAGUAACUGCAACAGAUCCUACAGCUUUUACCUGGAAUAAGCCCCUUAUGUACGGCAAAUGAGUCAACAAUGAGACAGUAAAUGAAGACCAGUGCCAAAUAAUGUGCUGCAUACAUGAAAGGGUUUGCACCACUCUGAACCCUUCAGCGAUGGGCAGGUUGAGUUUGGCUUUUCGCCUGAAACCACUGAGCCACUUCGCCAAGGUAAUAAAUCAUUUCCCAGAUUACAGUUUGCACUUUGGUGCCAGACCGAACUCCCCGCUCACUUCUUUCAUAUACAUUCCACUUAAACAAUACAUCUUCAUGCAAGACAUUCUUGAAAAAGAGAAAUGUCUAAUAGAUUUGAAGAACAAAAUAUCUUUUUUUCAGAAACAAUCUUUUUGGCACUAAGAAAUGUGAGGAAUAGGUCUUAGUUCAAAAACAGUUUUUGUGAGCAUUCAGAAGAAAAAUUUCAGUAGCUAGUCUAAAAACCAGAAACACAAACUAAGAGGUUGUUAACGAAGUGGAUUAAGAAAAGAGUGGCUGGCUCACGUGAAAGAAAACCUCAUUAAAGAGAUGUUUAAAGACAAGAUGGGACGGGAUGAACCACAGUGGAAAGCAGAUGUAAGAAUAAAGCGCCAUUUUGAGAAGAGCAGUGUCUCCUGUCGCUGAGCCUGAGUGACCCUGUCACACCUACCAAAUCCUUCACUAAUCCCCCUCCCACCCCCACCCUGUGGUCACUCUCACAGGUCACCUGUACUGAGCCUAGAUGCUCAGCCUGGGUGCCUCUGUCUCUUAUGGACUUUGAAAGGUCUUUAUUGUAUUUUCCUUUUCCAUACCUUUUCUAGUUAAUUCUUCUGGCUUUUAGUGAAUCCGGAUGUCUUUUUUCCUGAGAUCUCCUCAAUGUGAGCUUUUUGGGAGCAUUGGGUGACACCAUGCAUCGACUGCUCUGUCUGCAUGUAUUCCUAUGCUGUCUCAGUAUGGCUCUGCCCUUUUGUCCCUCGCAGUGUACCUGUGUCUUUCAUGGACGCAUUGACGGAACAGGAACCAGAUCCGUACUCUGUAAUGACCCGGACAUGUCGGACAUCCCUGUCAAUGUCCCUGUGGAUACUGUCAAACUCCGUGUAGAGAAAACCACAGUACGGCGAAUCCCAACCGAAGCUUUUUACUAUCUGGUGGAGCUGCGAUACCUCUGGAUUACCUACAAUUCCAUCACGUCAGUAGAUACAGGCAGUUUUUACAACCUGAAAGUGCUACACGAAUUGAGGCUGGAUGGAAAUAUGAUUUCAGUUUUCCCUUGGGAGUCCCUUAAGGAGAUGCCAAGGCUGAGGACUCUGGAUCUUCACAACAACAGACUUACUAGUGUUGCCCCUGAGGCCAUCCCUUACCUCCUCAACAUCACCUAUUUGGAUUUAUCCAGCAACAAACUAACUACCUUACCCUCUGACCUCAUGGAUAUCUGGCCACCUUUGAAUGGUGUGCCCAUCUCUUCUAAUGCCUCACAAAAAGUCGUGUUAGGCCUUCAAGACAAUCCCUGGUUCUGUGACUGUAAAAUCUCCAAGCUGAUGGAAAUUUCCAAAAUGGCUGACACACCAGUGAUUUUGAUGGAUUUAUUUUUGACCUGUGCUGCGCCAGAGAAUCUUGCAGGCGUCCUUUUUCAGCGUGCAGAGCUUGAGAAUUGCGUAAAACCAUCAGUGAUGACAUCUGCAACCAAGAUAACUUCAACUUUAGGCAGUAAUGUCCUCUUGCGAUGUGAUGCCUCAGGUUCUCCAACACCAGAUCUUUAUUGGACCAGGUCAGAUGGCUCUUCAGUCAACAACACAGUCCAGGAGUCACCCGGCGAAGGCAUUAAUUGGUCCAUCAUGAGCUUGCAUGGAGUAGAGUAUAAAGAUGCUGGGAACUACAGUUGCAAAGCAAAGAAUGUUGCUGGCACUGCAAAAGCCACCAUUUCUUUAACAGUGGCUGGUACCAUGAGCACCACCACACCUCCACUACGACCCAGCGCUGGAACUGGACCAAUCAGCCAAGGCACAGCACUCACUCCCCCAAAUGACAUUUCUAAAUCACAAGUCACUGCGCCAACUGUCCUUCCAGGAUCGCUUACAACACUUUCUGCUGGACAAAAGCCACCCAAACUAAUCUCUAGCAAUGGUUCUCAGAAAGGUCUGCUCAAGGAAACCAAACAGCAGCAGGAAAGUAAUGGGAAAAAAUUUGCAGCAGAUGAGAAGAGCAAGAAACGUGAUGACUCAAGAGCUGUGAAAGACCUGGAGAUUGUAGAGCAGACAGCUGACAGUGCAGUGUUGCUCUGGACUGCAGGUGGAUUACUAAAUGAUGCCCCACUUACUGUUGUGUAUUCACCAUAUGGGGAGGAUGACAGUAAAAGGACGAUGGAGUCCAAAGCUGGAAGUGGAAAAGUGCUCCUUGAUGGACUGUCACCUGGAAUGAGGUACUCAGUUUGUCUUGUAGCUAAAGUUAGUGCUGCUGGAAAAGAUCCUUGUAUUGACUUUUACACAGAAGACAGUGAGCAGAGCAAACUUUUCUUUAUCAUAAGUGGUAUCGCCUGCGUUCUGGUUUUGCCUCUAAUUGCUCUGCUCGUCUAUAAGAUUCUUGCUCUUUACUGCAACGGACGCAACGCACAUUCAGAUGAAAAUGAGCUAGAAAAUGAGAGCUAUGUCAAAUUUGAGACAAUCUCAAUGAAACAAAGAAUUUUGACCUCACAUCCAACUGAACUCUGGGCAAGAAGACCAACGAAUGAAUCUGAGCGACUGUUGCUGUGCUCCCGGUCAAGUAUUGACUCUCAGAUGACCUACAAGAGUGAUGGUUCUCGGUCUGAGUAUCUCUGUUGAGGUCCAAAUCCAUUGCCAAUGCACUAAUACCAUGCUAAUACAUAUGCCUUUCAUAACUCUGAGGAAAAAUUAUGAAAUCAAAUAUAAGUGUUUAUGACUGUGUUUUAUGUUUUAUUAAUGGGCUAUAAAAAAAUGAAGGUGAUAUACUGAGAGAAUUACUCCUUUCUAUGAUGAUUUAAAAGAAAAGUGUUAACGGGUAAAGCUCUGUGGAUGGACCUCUCUUGUCCUGUUUCUGAGCCUUAUACUUUAUGCAGAAUUAAUUCAUUUAUCAGGGAAUGGUGUUUGAUGUUGUCCUUAAUGCCAAAACUGUUAAGUCUGAAUAUGACGGUGAUCUCAGGGAAGACCCAUAAUAUUCUCCACUUCAACCUAAACAUCAUAGUUGCUGUAAGAAUCCAGCUAAUUGUUGCCUUACUAAACACAAAGUACAAUACUGUUUGUCUGUUUGCGUUUGAUAGAAUAAAACAUGAGAA